CUUGCUCAAGCAAAGGCUCAACUCGCACCCGCAACCGAGCCGCCACCUCCAUGGCCAACACAUUCCUGGAAAACGUCGUCGGGCUGUUGCUGGUGGCCGUCUGCUGGGGCGGAACCAAUCCCUUCAUCAAGUUGGGCAGCCAGGGUCUCGACGACGUCACCAAGAAAUACCAGGGGCAUCCGUGGUGGCGCCGGCAAUGGGAAGAGAUUCGAUUCUUGUGGACCAACUGGAAGUAUGUCGUACCCCUUGCCAUCAACCUCAGCGGAUCUAUGGUCUACUAUUACACCCUGGGCAACAGCGAUUUGUCUUUGGUUGUCCCCAUAACAAAUUCGCUCACGUUUGCCCUGACAACGGCUGUCGGCUAUUGUUUGGGUGAGGAAAUGGAGAGCAGAGAGACAAUCCUCGGUGUCGCUCUGGUCUUUGCCGGGGUUGUCCUAUGCAUCUUGAGCAAGAUGGACACAUGAAACACUGCGUCAAUCUAGACACCAGCCUCUCUCAGACCCGCUCCACAUACUUCCGAAACAGCCCGUGGUGAUGAGCAAAGGUUUCGGUAGAAUACACACCGCCCAUAGUCCUCCCUCCAAUGCGCUGAUCUGGUACUUGGGGUCACAUAUUGGCCUUGCCAACGAGCAUUUCGCCAAAUAGACUACUGGGCUCGCUCGAUCCAAGGCGUUUCUGA